AUGGUUAUGGAGAGUUUGGGGUUGGAGAAGUACAUUGAGGAGCAGAAUGAAUCAUCAAAUUAUGUACUCACUGUCAACAAGUAUAGAAAACCUACAAUGGAUGAGAGUGGAAUUGGAUUAGCUCCACACACAGAUAAAAACAUUCUAACUAUUUUAUUCCAGAUUCAAGUAAAUGGAUUGCAUAUGCAGAGGGAGAAUGGGCAGUGGGUUGCUGUUGAGUUCUCACCUAAUUCUUUUCUAGUCCUUAUUGGAGAUGUUUUUGAGGCAUGGACUAAUGGUAGAUUGCAUGCUCCCAUUCAUAGAGUAUUGAUGUCUGGGAAGGAUCAAGAAAGGUUCUCUAUAGGAAUUUUUACAUUUCCCAAGGAAGGCUAUCUUGUGAAAGCCCCAGAAGAGCUUGUAGAUGAAGAGCACCCUUUGGUUUACAAGCCAUUUGAUGGUAUUAAAUAUGUUCAAUUCUUUAAAUCAGAGGCUGGACAAAAAGCAGGCCAUGUUAGUCUCAAGGCUUAUUGUGGUGUUUGA